AUGGAAGGCACCACGGCCCAGCACGAGCAAGAAUGGCUGCAUGCCGCGCACACCGACCCCGUCUUCGUCCACCCCAUAGGCUACAAGCACAUCACCGAAGUCGUCAAGCUGGAGCUCCUGCAGAGAACCUUCUGGACGUCGCUGACGCGCUGGGUCGAGGCCCGGCGAAAAGUCCUGCCCAGCGGCGAGAUCCUGGGCGGCUGGUCCCGCGCCGACAUGUACGGCAUGAUGGACUGGUACCGCCUCUGCUUCAACAUGACGUCGCGGUACGAGGACGCCGUCGCCGCCCACAAGGACGGCAUCUGGAGGACCGUCAUCCUCACCUCCCCGUGGUGGGACUGGCCCGAGUUCGCCUACCUGUACGUCAAGACGGUCCGUGACGCCAACGGCGUGCCCCAGCGCGACGCGGCGGGACGCAUACGACGGGAAACGAGGGACCCCUACGACGACAGGCUCGAGGACGACUUCAUGGACCUGUGGGAGCGGGUCGCCAACACCCGUCCGCUGGGCAAGCACCCCGACGGAACGGUCGUGCUGCCGGUCGACAGGAAGCCGUCUGCCGCGAGCGGCGCAGGACCCGCGGCGAUGGCCAAGGCGAGUGCCGCGUCGAGGGUCGCCAGGGCGACAACGCCCCAGGCGGCGAGGUAG